UUGAAAUAGGAAUAUUCAUGUCGUUCUCACAGCAAAGUGCAUCCGUGUUUAGUAAGUUUGUUCGUUUCGAAGUAAUUUUUUGUUACCAAAUGCAGAAAAGAUAAAAAAGAUAUUUUUUGAUAACAGUAUCAAUAAAAUAGCACUGAAAUUAUUACGAAGUGUUAGUAGACGUGAGUAUCUUCACAAUUAAAUAUGGGAAGUAAAAAUAAAAACGGAGAAAUCGAAGAAAACAGUUGUAGAAAUCCAGAUGGAACUCUUCGCUUACGAAAUCGUAAUAUUGAACAUUUGCAAGAGGAUAUUUUGUAUCACCUAGCAUUAGGAACAGAGUCUCACGAUCUUGUCAAAAUGUUUGGUGAUGUAAAAUUUGUUUGCAUGGGGGGUACCGCAAAUCGCAUGAAACACCUCGCUCAAUAUUUAAAAACGGAAAUGAAUUUCGAGUUACCCACUGGAACAUCUUUAUGUGAUUUAACUGAAAAUUCCCACAGAUUUUCCAUGUACAAAGUUGGUCCCAUUCUAUGUGUUAAUCAUGGAAUGGGAGUUCCGUCAAUUGGGAUUUUACUCCACGAAAUUACCAAACUUAUGUACCAUGCGAAAGCUAAAAAUCCGAUAUUUUUUAGGAUUGGUACAUGUGGAGGAAUUGGGCUUAAAGAAGGCACAGUUAUUGUAAGCAAAAGUGCUGUAGAUGAAAUGGGGAAUGCUUAUCACACUCAAAAAAUUUGCGGAAAAGUGGUCCAAAGGCCGGCAAAAUUGGAUCACCAGUUGGUCAAAGAUUUGAUUAGUUUGAAAAAAUCCGAUGAUAAAUUUAAUGUUGUUGAAGGGAUUACAAUGUGUGCUGAUGAUUUUUACGAAGGUCAAGGAAGAACUGACGGAGCGUUUUGUGAUCACACAGAAGAAGAUAAAUUCAAUUACUUAAAGGAAUUGCAAAAUCGAGGAGUUACAAAUAUAGAAAUGGAAGCGGUUGCUUUCGCUGCAUUUACACACUAUGCAGGUAUUAAAGCAGCUUUAAUAAAUGUCGCUUUAGUUAAUCGUCUAAAUGGAGACCAAGUUACUACUCCUAAGGAAGUUUUGCUAGAAUGGCAAAACCAUCCACAGAUUAUUGUGGGACGGUAUAUUAAACAAAUUUUAUGCAAAAACUAAAUUAUUAUACUAAUGUCAAGUAUCUAAUAAUAAAAUAAAACGUAAGUUUA